GAAGCGACAUGAGGGCGCAUGCGCACACUCUUGGAGCCAGGCUGCGGUUGAGGGUACUUCCUGGGUUACCGGAGGUCGCUUCUUCGUUAUGGGUCGCAAGAAGGCUCCUCGCGGGCGGAAGACCGGGGGUGGUCACGCUCGGCGUCCCCCUGGCCGCUCGCUGGAAGCUUUCGGGGAGGAGAUGGGCGCCGUGCUGCACGCCUCCGCGCAACCACUGGCAACCGAAGACGAGGGCGGCCCGGACCCGGCGGGGGUGCCAUGCACCCUGGGUAUGUGGGAGCUGGGUCACUGCGACCCUCGGCGCUGCACCGGCCGCAAGCUUGCCCGCCUGGGCUUGGUGCGCUGCCUGCGCCUGGGCCAAAGAUUCGGCGGCCUGGUGCUCAGCCCCAUAGGAACGCAGUACGUGUCUCCCGCAGACAGACAACUGGUGGCACAGUCUGGGGUUGCUGUCAUAGACUGCUCCUGGGCCAGAUUGGAUGAGACGCCCUUUGGCAAGAUGCGAGGGAGCCACUUGCGGCUGCUGCCCUACCUGGUGGCUGCCAACCCUGUAAACUAUGGUCGACCCUGCAGACUUUCCUGUGUGGAAGCUUUUGCUGCUGCCUUGUACGUUGCAGGCUUUUCAGAUCUUGCUGUCAUUUUGCUUCAGAAGUUUAAGUGGGGCAAGGGCUUCCUGGACCUGAACCGACAGCUCUUGGACAAGUAUGCAGCCUGCUGUGGCCCAGAGGAGGUGCUGCAGGCAGAACAGGGGUUCUUGGCCAGUGCCAGGGACACCCCUAAGGAGGAGGAGAUUGAUCCCUUUGAUGUAGACUCAGGACGAGAGUUUGUAAACCCCAACCGGCCUGUGGCUAGUACCCGGCUGCCCAUGGACACGAAUGACACUGAUGAGUCUGAGGACCAUAGUGACAGGUCUGAAGAGGACAGUGACAAGUCUGAGGAGGAUAGUGAUGAGCCUGAGGAAGAAGGACCUGGUGCUAAAAAUGGAAGCAGCAGCUACUCUCAAGUAGAGGCUCUGGAACAACAGGCUGAGGCCAGGGCCCCCACUGACAUUUGGAAAAGAAUCAAGAAAUGGCAGAGAGACUGAAGUUUGUAGACACAUACAUUGUUAAAGUUGGGAUGCAUUAGUACAGAGGUGGCAGUGGGACCUGGGGAUGGACAGGCCUGGUGGGACUGGGUUCUCCAUCAGUUCUGAGACAGCCUUGUUUGGGGUCUUGCUUUGGAGCUCUCAUUAAAGCUACAGGCCAGAAAGGUG